AUGGUAGUCGAGGCUGGCGACGACAACAUCCUCCCAUCAGACGAGCUAAGCCUUGAGGUUCUUGCUCUUCUCGAGGACAUCAUCAAGUCCAAGUUGUGCCCCGCAACACGCGUCUCCUGCUUGGUGCAGAUUGGGAAGACCUGCCCUCUCACGCUGAUGAUGUUCGCUCCAUGCAUCCUUGGUAAGGUCAUGGCGGACGGGUGCUUCAGCAAGGAGUGCAGCCCUGCGGUAUACAUCACCAGUGAGCCCUCCAGUGGAGCCCCAAACCCAAUAGGCUUUUCACAGAACCAGAGUUCAGAAUACGCUGUAUCAUUUCAAAUUUUGAAAGGAAUGACAAAUAACUUCUGCACUGAUCGAAAACUUGGUGAGGGUAGUUCUGGUGUGGUGUAUAAGGGAGUGCUAAAAAAUCAGGAAAUUAUUGCUGUGAAGAAGUUCGUGCCAUCAUGGAUGCCUGGUUCGCAGGAGCAAUUUCAGAAUGAGGUUUAUCAUCUUAUGAUGCUUAAACACCCCAAUAUAGUACGAUUUCGAGGCUACUGCUAUGAAACACGGAAUGAGGUUAAGCUGUGCAAUGGGAAACGUGUCUUCGCCGAGGUGGCUGAAAGGUUACUUUGCUUGGAGUAUCUGCCCAAGGGAAGCCUUGAUAAAUAUCUAUCAGAUGAAUCUUCCGGACUUGAUUGGAGCACACGCUACAAUAUAAUCGAGGGGAUUUGCUAUGGGUUAUGUCACCUUCACGAGCAAAUUGAUAAGAAGAUCAUUCACUUGGACCUUAAACCAGCGAACAUAUUGUUGGAUGAUCGUAUGGUACCAAAAAUCACAGACUUUGGUCUGUCAAGACUACUUGAUCAACAACAAACACUUCACACUGAAUCUCGCCAUGGAACAUUUGGUUACAUGCCACCUGAAAUAUUUCAUAGAGGUACAGUUACAUCUAAGUCAGACAUAUUUAGUCUGGGUGUAAUAAUCAUGGAGGUAAUAACCGGGCGCAGGGACUACCCAGAUGUUACUAGAGAAUCUCCGGAUGAUUAUAUCGAGCUUGCACUUACAAAAUGGAGGGUUGUGUUGCAAAGAUCGACAUGCGACGAGUCUCUAGAAACAUAUUGCAAACAAAUAAAGAGAUGCAUCCAGGUAGGUCUAAUGUGUGUGAACCCUGACCGCACCAAAAGGCCUCCGAUAAUGCAGGUUAUCGAUAUGCUUCAAGGAUUGAAAGUUAUCGACUGCAACAUUAUUGAUAAUGCAACGCAACAGUAUUAACAAUGUAAUGUCUUCGUCAGGCCCGGUAUGAUCACUUAACGGCAUGUUCUUAGGUGUACUUGCUAAGUCUUUCUUCUUUCCUUGAGCAAUGUGGUAACGGCGCAGACCCCAUAGAAAGUACAAACUAGACAUUGUAUUCUGACAUUUGUGUAUCUAGUACCUGACAACCUUGCACCCAUAUGCAGUGUGGUGCGCCACUUGAUCAACGCCGCCUUUGAGAGAAUCAUGCAAGGGGCAGGCGUUAUCUUGGUCGGCUUCUUCGCGCAUGCUACUGACCCUUUGUCAGAGAAUAGUGUAUGUUGCAACCUGCAAGCGUCCCCCAGCAUUGCUUCAUCUCUGCUGGAUGGCGUUUUUGUCGUUGAAGCUGAAUAUGAACCAGGCCGGUGGGGGUUGUUGCCCGGCCUGCCCAAACCUGUACACUAGUUGUUUUUUGCUUAUCUCCGAUUUCGAGGGAUGUGUCCCCUCUCUAUCUUUGCUUAGGAAUGUUAGUUGCCCUUAAUUUGAACUUCUAAGGUCGGUGUAUCCCUCGUAGGGGGUUAGUCAUCCUUAGGG